UGAAACCGCUACAUACAUAUAAACAAGGGUACACAAUAAAUAAAUAUUAAUUGCGAUCAUUUUUGGUUACAAUCUUUGUGCAUAUUAUGGACCUGGACUGGCAAAACAGUCUAACAGAGAUCAAGGAUCGCGGCCAGUAUCUGUUGCACUCUGAGAAAUGGGCCGAUUGCCGAUUUCUGGUGGGCACUCCGCCAAAUCAACGCAUCAUCGCUGGCCACAAGCUGCUCCUGGCGAUGGCAUCGCCCGUCUUCGAGCGCAUGUUCUUUGGCAAUCUGCCGGACAAAACGGAUCCGAUAAUAAUACCCGAUGUGCAGCCGGAGGCAUUCGAGGCCAUGCUCGAGUAUAUCUAUACGGAUCGGAUAACCAUCGGCUCCUUCGACAAGGCCUGCGAGCUGUGCUACGUGGCAAAGAAAUAUAUGCUGCCACAUGUGGUCACACGCUGCACGCAUUUCCUCUGGGCCGAUCUGAGUCCCAAGAAUGCGUGUCGCGCCUACGAGUUUGCCAAGCUGUUCGAUGAGCCGCGCCUAAUGCAGAGCAGCAUGGAUCUGAUAGCGGCCAAUACACGGGAAGUGCUCUCCGAUCCCAGUUUCCUGGACAUUGAGGUGUCCACACUAAUGGCCAUACUGGAUCAGCAUCGGCUCAACAUUGACUCUGAGCUCGAUUUGUUCAAUUGCCUGCUGAAAUUCGCCAGCGAACGCGGCAUAUUAAAUGAGAAUGGCAACGAUGAUAUGGCCAGCGGCAGUGGGAACAACAACAAGUCGGGCUCAGCCUGCACAGAGCAUCCGGACGCGGCGGCCAAUGAGAUUGUCGAGGAGAUCAAAAUGGAACCCGACGUGGCGGCCAUGGUGCAGCACAUGCAUCAGGACGAGGAUGUCGAUAGCUACAAGCAUGUCAGCGAGCAGGCGACAACGGGCAACGGCUCGGCCUGCAGUUCGCCGAUACAUGCGUCCAGCUCCUGCAGCUCUUCGUCCGCGAAUGCCAAUGCGAAUGCAGCUGUGGCCAACGACGAUGUGGUCAUCAUUGACAGCGAUGCCUCCGGCAAUGCCAACGAUGAGAUGAACGCCGCCGAGGCGGCGGCCAAUAUGAUCAAUAUGAUGGAUGCACAGCGCACGAUCAUGGAUGGGGCGAUGCUGCGCCAGGCGGUCAAAAAGAUACGCUUCCUGACAAUGACGCCGCAACAGUUUGCCGAGGGACCGGCACGCUCCAAGCUGCUGCAACAGCACGAGGCAUUGGCCAUACUCAUCAAGAUCUCCAGUCCCACGCUGAACGACUGCAAUAUGCCCGAGGGCUUCUGUGUCUCGCGCAGCACGCGCAACUUUUAUGAAUCAUCGCAUCGGCAGCGCGAGCUGAACUCCUCGUAUCGCCAUGCCGCCGGCUGCAGCAGCAGCAGCACAAACAAUGCCACAAAUGCCGGUUUCCGGCCGGAUGCCAUAGCGCGCGCCUUUGCCAUUCCGCAGCACAAUCAGCCGCUCUUCACACGCCAGCGAAUCAGUGUGCCGCUCAAUCUUGGUGCCGGCGGCAUGGAUCAUGUGCCCAUGCAAGGUGCGGGCUUUGGUUUUGUCGAUGAGCCGCUCGCCCUGCCCAACAAUCCGCCCUCCAACGGCGAUGCCUACGAGGGCGCCCCGCCAGCCCCAGCGCCAGCGGCAGCAGCUGCUGUUCCGCCUGGCAACGAUAACGAGGUCGCCGUCGCCGUCGCCAGCAACUCGCACCACGACAUGACGCGCUCCUACUGCAUGCGCUCCAUGACACGCCAGUUUGACUAUCGCAACACCAGCGUCACCGACUGUGGCGUCACCUUUCAGGUGGACACCAACAUUUGGAUAUUGGGCGUUCAGGUGCCGACGCAGGUGCUUUGCGGCGAACUGAUGAAUUCGGCCGGCUUUGCUGAGCGCUACACCGAGGUGCUCUAUGCGCACAUCCAGGAUAUGCACGGUUCACGAAUCACGUAUACGCACUGUACGGCGCGGGUGCGCUACGAUUCACAUUUGGACAUCACAUUCGAUCGCCCCGUUUACAUCUAUCGCAAUCAAAUCUACAAGAUCUAUGUCGUCUUCAAUAAGAUGGGCUGGUAUCCGAUGUACUCGUGCGUACCGGACAUUGUCCGGCAGCGCGUCAAAUUCAUGUUUAAUGUGGGCAGUCCGACGGAGUCGGUGCGCGACGGCCUCAUUUAUGCGAUCAUAUUUUCAACGCCGCAGGAUCAUGCGCGUCAUCUGAUCGAUUGAUCGACACAAAGCGAUCCAUGAAUUUCGAUGUGAUAGACUAUUAUUAUUAUUAUACGUGUGUUUUUUUUUUUCGAUUUCAACAGUGAAACCUGCCACGGUA